UCCACACCUCUCUGCCCCAUUCCCCUUUCUCUCCCUCUCUCUCUUCUGCCUUUCUCUCUCUCUCUCUACACCAAUAAUUCCGGCCAGUUGCAGUCACUCUCCGACCACCCCCCAACUUUUUCACCUUUAUAUACUUCCCACCCCCCUUUUCUCUCUCGAUUAAUCUUCAAACCCAUUUUCCCCCUCCUUGUUGAGACCUUCUUUUGGUUCUUGGUGGUGGGAUUUCCUUCAAAUUUGGGGGUUUCUCUGUUUUUUUAAGGUGGGGUUUUGGAACAAAGAAAGAUGAACAGAGCAUUGCCAGAAAUGUCGAACACGGCUGAGAAUUGUGUUGACACUCUCACUGUUCUUGAGAGGCAGAGGGCUCGUUUCAAAUGGCAACAAGAUCAGCUUUUGUAUCAGCAGCAGCAGCUGCAGUCAUUCAAUGGGAUGAUGGAUUACGGCGCUGGAUUUCCACCGUCGGAUCACCUCACCGGGUUUCCGGGCUUCAUGAGUGCAGCCGGCGCCGGCGGCGAUGGUGGGUUGUCACUUGUGGAGAUGGUAAUGGGAGCAGUGAAGCCUGACCCUGGUUUGGAAGAUGGGUGGUCUGAUCCUUCUCUGUUGUUGAAUCCCCCCACUGCUUAUGAACUAAAUUCUUCUCUUUCUAGAACCUCCAGCUGCCCGCCGGCGGUGAAUCCAGCGGCGGCGGCUGGAAGAGAAAGCUUCAAGAAAAGGAAAGCUGAGAAAGUUCAGAACCCCAUUAACAACAAAGAGAAGAGGAUCAAAGCAAGUUCAGAAGAAGAAAAAGAAGAAGAAGAAGAAGAAGAAUUAUCAAAAACGACAGAUCAAAACAGCACCAAGAACAACAAUUCAACCAUUACAACCACAACAAACAACAACAGAGAAACUUCAGCUGAUACCUCCAAAGCCUCAGAGGUUAAAAAGCCUGAUUACAUUCAUGUCAGAGCUCGCCGUGGCCAAGCCACUGAUAGCCAUAGCUUAGCAGAAAGAGCUAGAAGGGAAAAAAUCAGUGAAAGAAUGAAGUACUUGCAAGAUUUAGUACCAGGAUGCAACAAAAUCACUGGAAAAGCUGGAAUGCUCGACGAGAUCAUAAACUAUGUUCAAUCUCUUCAAAGACAAGUGGAGUUCUUGUCCAUGAAGUUAGCUGCAGUUAAUCCAAGGCUGGACUUCAAUGUGGAUGAUCUCUUCCUCAAAGAGGUAUUUCCCCCUCCUUGCACCACCGCAAACUUCGCGGCGAUCGGUGGAAUUUCAUCAGAGAUCACAGAUCCUUCAUCCUACUUCCAAUUUAAUCGAAACAAUCAACAAAUCGUUCCGUGUUGUGGAUUAGAAAUGGGAAUUAAUACCUCCGAUGUCGCUCUUCGAAGAACAAUCAGCGCCCCUGUUUCUUUCCCGGAAAAUUUCCUCGAUUCAUCCUGCCUCACCCAAUUUCAAGGCUCUUCAGGGUGGGACGUGGAUUUGCAGAAUCUGUACAAUGUGGGUUUCGAUCAAGGAAGAUCAUCAAACGCCUUUUCAUCUCAACCUUACACAGGUUCCAUGGAAGGAAGCAACUUAAAAAUGGAAAUGUGAAGUAGUUAGCUACGAGAUUCAAUCAAAAUAUUACUCUCAUUGACUUCGUAUCUCUAUAUAUAUAUAUAUAUAUUUUUUUUUUAUCACAGUAUAUAACUAGAAAAUAUUUAUAUAUAUUUUGUAUGUAUAUGUUCGACUCAAUUUGAAUAAGAGUAAUGAUAAUUAAUCACAAUA